UGUAGUAGACAUGGUCAUUGUAUAAACGAAACGGAGAUGCGGGGCAGUCAGACGCUGUUGUUUCAAUACAAUAAGUGUCUUUGUAAUGCACAAUAUACAGGACUUGACUGUGAGUUAGAUAUCGACGGGUGUGUUGGAGAACCAUGUUCCAUUGGACGGAACUGUUCCGAUGUACCUGCAAAAUGUCACCUGGAUGACGAGCCUGGAUUUAAUUGCUCCAGAUGUCCGGAUGGGUACAUCGAUGAUGGUGCGAGGUGUCAAGAUAUCGAUGAGUGUGGGGACACGAACUCAUGUGAACAAAUUUGUAUUAAUACAGAAGGAUCCUUUAUUUGUUCAUGCAAAAGUGGAUAUAGAGUUGAAUCAUCUGACUUGAAAAAAUGUGUCGACAUCAAUGAAUGCGACGAAGCUACCCACAACUGCUCCCACAUUUGCAAAAACACAAACGGACAGUUUCAAUGCAAAUGCCAUACGGGUUAUAAACUUGACGAUACGAGAAAUAAAUGUGAACAGAUAAGCAACGAUGAAUGUGCCCCUCCAUACUUUGGUACAAAUUGUGAAGAGACAUGCAACUGUUCAUCUCUCGGCACGAAAGAAUGUCAUCAAGUGAAGGGUUGCGUCUGUGAAAACGGCUGGCAAGGAGAUAGGUGUGAUGUUGAUGUCAAUGAAUGCGGCAAUUAUAUUUCUCCGUGUUCUGAUGCCUACCAGAUAUGUGUCAAUAUUCCUGGGUCGUUUCUAUGCGAAUGUUUAAUUGGAUUCAAAGAUAGUGGGAGUAGCCAUUGUGAAGAUGUAGAUGAAUGCACACAUCCUUUACUUAAUGAAUGCGGACAAAACAAGCUAUGCAGCAAUACUGAAGGUGGUUAUACAUGUAAUUGCAUAGAAGGCUUUGUUAAAUCGGACGAAGACUGUAUAGACGUUGAUGAGUGUAAUCUCGGAACGAGCGGAUGCCAACAAAUGUGUGAAAAUUUGCCUGGGCAUUUCAACUGCUAUUGUUAUUAUGGAUAUACCUUAGAUGAGGACCGAAAAUCAUGCCUAGAAGUCAAGAACCCCUGUUUACAAUUAAGUUAUCUAAACUGCUCUCACUAUUGUGUUGUUGAGGAAAAUGUGGCGGAAUGCAAAUGCAACUUUGGCUAUUACAUCGAUGAAGAUUCACAAACAUGUAAAGAUAUAAAUGAAUGCGAUAACAAGACUUUAAACGAAUGUCAGCCAAAAGAGAAUUGUAUUAACGUUCCGGGUUCGUACAAUUGUGAGUGUACACCAGGAUACAAACUCUCCAAUGGCGGCCGGCAGUGUUACAAAUGUGAUCAAUACCACUUUGGAAAUAAUUGUGAGCAAACCUGUAGCUGUUUACAUGGAACAUGCGACAACACACAAGGUUGUAACUGCAGUGACGGAUGGGCUGGUGAUCAGUGUGACACUGACCUCGACGAGUGUGACAAUGAAGACUUGUGUCCCACAAACUUUGACUGUGUUAAUACGAUGGGCAGCUUCCUUUGUCAGUGCCACACCGGGUAUUUCAGGACAGAGGACAGAUGCGAAGAUAUCAAUGAAUGUUCGGAUGUUUCACUUAAUAAGUGCGAACAAGCAUGUCACAAUACCGGCGGUGGUUACGAAUGCAGUUGUUACAAUGGUUAUAUGUUAAAUAUAACAACUGGAACGUGUUCAGAUGUCGAUGAAUGCCAAUCAGGAUUUCACCAAUGUGAGCAAAACUGCCAAAACACGCAGGGAGGAUAUAUAUGCACGUGUAAAGAAGGGCUAGUGCUUGAUUUAACUGACCGCCGUUCUUGUCUUGCCGAGAUAGAAUGUGAGUCCGCUGACGCUGAAAACUGUCCUGAAAAUUCAAUCUGUACACAAAACAUUACUAAAUGUGUUUGUAACAGAGGAUUUUUACAAAUAGCAACUGGUGCCUGCAUAACCGAGAUAGAAUGUGAGUCCGCUGAAGCUGAAAAUUGUCCUGAAAAUUCAAUCUGUACACAAAAAAUUACUAAAUGUGUUUGUAACAGAGGAUUUGUACAGAUAGCAACUGGUGCCUGCAUAAAUGUGAACGAAUGCGAUUACAAAAAUGGUUACUGUGCUCACACGUGCCAAGACAACCCAGGAGGAUAUGAUUGUCUGUGUGACAAUGGAUUUCACCUUGCAAACGAUGGGAGAUCAUGUGAAGCGUGUAAAAAACGCACUUUUGGAGUAAACUGCAGUUCAACUUGCAUCUGUGAGGCCGAUAAUACCUACACGUGUGAUAACGUUGUUGGAACUUGUACAUGCAAACAAGGAUGGACCGGUGACGAUUGUUCCAAAGACGUUGACGAAUGUCAUCUAAGUACGCACACAUGUUCAGAAAAUUCUUCAUGUAGAAAUAAAGACGGAGGCUUUUUAUGCGAUUGCCACACGGGCUACCAGAAAACAGGUGGCUCACUAUGCGCAAAAUGUGGUCGAAAUUAUUUCGGUGAGUCAUGUCGUCGACGUUGUGAAUGCUUCGAAGACGAAACGCAGUUUUCGUGUAAUCAUAUUGAUGGACGAUGUCGUUGCAAAACGGGUUUUCAUCGAAGAAACGAGUCGGACACAUGCAAAGAUACUAGCUUUGAUGAAGAUUGUCAUAAAAGUAUCGCAGAUUGCACGGUUGCUGUCACAUUAACAACAUUGUUGAAUAUCACUUUUGACGAGACUGUUAAUCUGGAUAUCGGUUCUACAUACAGGCAAAUUGAAAGAAAACUAACAUCUUCGCUCCUUUCAUACAUGAAGAUAUAUACCAACUUUCCUGUCCAAAUAAAGAUUUGUGAUAUCAGGAAAAGAGGAAGUCUUCAUGUGAAUUACACCAUUUGCAUGAACGCAACAUUUGAAGAACAAGAUAAAUUACAAGGUGAAGCUGCAAAUGCAUUAUAUGAAAUGGCACGGGGAGAUACUUUAGAAUUUGAUGGCGAAAUGGUGCGUGUAUCUACAGAGUUAUUGGUCUAUACUGACGACAAAUGCCAGUUUUACCAAAAUCUGUUCGGAAAUUGUGACAUGGGCUACAAAUGUUGCGUUGAGAAGGAUCGCAUUAAUUGCUGCGAGGAUACUCGAAAUGAUCUGGCAAUAAUCAUGGGAUCUGUAUUUGGAGGAACUGCAUUCUUGGUCCUUGUCGUUAUCUUCUGUGUAACCCUAGUUACACUAAGACGUAAAACAAACAGGAAAAAGGCCAACCGCUAUCCUAGCUUCACAACCUCAUCCCAACCAACGUCUAAUAGAAGUAAAGACCAGACCCCUUCUCGUUUCUGUGAGGAGUUAACAACUAACAACGAUGCCGAUGGUUAUAUAUCAGCACGCAUAAGUGUGGCCUAGGUGUAUUUAUUUGCAGAUAAUAUAAUUAUACUGAUAUAUGCGUACAAACAACAAGCAACAGUAUAUACAUCAAAUGACACUGUCCAACGUGAAUCUUCGUGAAUUUUGUAAACGUGUUUGAACCAUUACAGUCUCAAAGGCAGCAUUUGAAUGACUGGGACGCGAAGUAUGUACCCUGGAUAACACAAAUAAAAGGUUGAAAGUCUCCAUUUAGUGGGUGUUAACCGUAGCUAUAAAUUUGGUAUAGAAACUAUGUAGUGGAUUAAAUUGUUAAUCGCGAGUAAACUGUACUAAUUAGGCAAAAACACUUUAACCCAGAUACUUGUGAAAGGAACCUGUUUUCAUUUUACCUUUGACAUAACUUUUUUUAUCAAGGCACGCUAUGAUAUUAUAUAACAUCGGUGUUGUAUGUAUUUUUAAACAAUAUACAUGAACUAUGUGAUUAUUGGAACUGUAGAACAAUGUUAGGAUGAAUCCUGUUGCGGAAAAUAAUAUUAUUGUGAAGCUUCUUCGAUGAGGUUAGAUCCUAGCACACCGUUAACAGUUGUAAUACGGUAUUGUAUCAUGUCGGGGUGUUCUUGUUUGCCUUUAUUAAAUUAUUGCAUUCGUGAAUUCUGGAAUGAUAUCUGUUUCAUGUU